CCAGUAGGUGUGCAUGACGCAGCGCUUUCCCGUUCGUGUGACUCCCCUCCCCCAAGGCCGGAGCUCCUCCCACUCCGCAGUCAGUCACACAGAGAGUCAGACCGGGCACGGGGGGCGGCACGGACAAACAAACUGAGCGUCAGAGACCGGCAGCGGCGACUAGCAGCGCGUAACGGACACAGCGGCUCGAGGCGGCUCCGGAGCAGCACGUGACCCCCGGCGGGAACCCCCCAGAAUCUCCCCCACAGGCAGAGCGGACAGCGAGCGGCAUGGCCUCCGGCUCAGAGUGAGUGUGCAGCCGGGGGGGCAGCGGGGGGGGGGACAGGGAGGGAUGCCGGCUGUGUGUGACUGGAGGGAGGGGGGAGCCGGCUGGGUGCCGGUAGGCCGAGCGCUGACAUCCCUUCCGGCCUCUUCAUGCUGUGUCAUGUAGGCCCGGCCUGGGCCCAGCACUGCCUGCAGCAUGACAGCCGGCCUGCAACAAAGACAAUGGGAAACCGGACACACACACAGAUACACACAGAGAGAGAGACAAUAGCAGGAAUAAACCGAAUAAACCGGCUCAAUCAGCAUUUAUACACCAACAUCACCAUCCCUGAUACACCAACAUCACCACCACCACUGAUACACCAACAUCGCCACCACUGACCAGCCCUGUCAUUGCUGGUAGACCAGCCCUGCCAUGCUUUAUGGUCAUUUUAUAAAGCUCUGCCAUCGCUGGUAGACCUUCUCAACUAUUACUAAUAAACCAGCUCUGCCAUCUCUAUAAUAAACCCUUGCCCUAAGUUGGCGCUACAUAAAUGCCAAUAAUAAAGGCCAUCUGUUAUAAGCCAGCUCUGUCACAAUUUAUAAGCCAGCUCUGCCACCCCUUAUAAACCACCUCUACAAAUCUUCUAUCAUUUUAAACUCUCUGGCCAGCUCCGUGCCUCUGUCAAUACAUACUAGAUACAUGUCCUAUACAUCAGCUACUUCACAUCUCAUGCUGUUUACAUUUCAGAUCAUGCUUUACAUAUACAACCACUAUUCAUGUCGAUCAUCAUAUCCUGCUUACAUGUUAAAUGAGGUCUGAGCCAUGGUCAAUAUAUUAAUUACAUGUCAUACAUGUUAGACAGGCUAGUAGUUACACUACUUUCAGUAUAUGCUGAUCACUUUCUAGUCCAUGUUUUUUUUUCAAACCUGCCAUACACAAAUUGUUGGAUGAUUACAUAGAAGUCCAUGACCUAGAUGUCCGAAAUAUCCUACUUAUUGACAUUACUUGAUUUCACACCAGUUCUUGUUUUACAAAUCUCUGCACAUCAUCACUGCGUGCUCCUUAUGUGGCAGCCAGUUAUAUUAAGAGAGCUAUCACUUCUUCUCUGCAAUUUACACCAUUGAGUAAAACUUUGGAAAUCACCUAUAAGUUAAGAUUUUUUUUUUUUUGUUUCUUUUGAAUGUGUUUUAAAGAAACACUGCCAACAUACAUUUAAAACUCUUUCUGACAUGUUUGUAUAUCUCCUUAUUUAAUUUUCACACCUCACAAAUACAUAAGACCUACAUUUGUUAAAGGAACACUACAAGUACACCAUCAUUGUAAGUAGUGAAACCUUUUUAAAGGAACACUCCAGACACAAAAUGCACAUCAGGUUCAGUCAGGAGUUUAUUUCCCUUAUUUGUUAAAGGCACACUAUAGUCACCAGAACAACUAUAGCUUAAUGUAGUUAUUCUGGUGAGUAUAAUCAUUGCCUUCAGGCAUUUUAAUACAAACACUGCCUUUUCAGAGAAAAGGCAGUGUUUACGUUGCUCCUAGGGACACCUCCAAGUGGCCACUCCUCAGAUGGCCAGUGUAGGUGCUUCCUGGGGCAGUGCUGCACAAUAGGCAGCAUUGCUGUUCAGUCUCCACGCACUGCAUGGAGAAGCUGAAUUUUCCUCAGAGAUGCAUUAAUUCAAUGCAUCUCUAUGGGGAGGUGCUGAUUGGCCAAAACAGUUUGGCCCUGUCCCUUUGCUGAUUUUAGCCAAUCCAAUGCUUUCCCCACUGGAAAUCUUUGGAUUGGCUAAAAAUCUGCAAAUCUGAUGUCACCAAGGGGGAGGGACCAGUGUCAGCAGACCCGCACAGCGCUUGAAAAAGUAGAGUUUUAAUGGGGCUAAGUGGGGGGGCGCAAGCCACCUAAAUGGUGGGUUUAGCACUAUAGGGUCAGGGAUACAUGUUUGUGUUCCUGACACUAUAGUGUUACUAUAUAGUUUAUAAAAGUCCAGAUUGAAGUAGAAACCGGCACUUGUAUAAUAGGGGGAAAACACACGUUUUCUUCUAAGCAAAGAUAUUGCGGGACUGUCUUCCCCUCUCCCUCCUCCUUCUUUUUUCAAUGAACUGUACUACGGUUCUCAAAGGACCCAAGGUAAGUUGUCUAAACAAUUAUUGACCGGAGAAGGAUGGUGGCAGACUCUCUUUGGCUGUCCACUUAGAGACUUUCCAAUGCAGGUCAUUGGGAAUGUUUUGCAAGGAAAUUACUUCCUCUUGAGUUCAGUUUGCUCCAGUUCCCCAGGCUCUGCAGAGCCCAGAAAGAAAGUGAAAGUUUUCUCUAUUAUUCUUAGUUCUCACAUUAUUUUCAAUGGAUAGCCCAUGAACCUUAAUGAGCACUAUACUGUCAUUCCUGAUAAAUAAGGGAUACAAUUAUUUGGAAAGUUAAUAGCUUCUGAGAAGUUUCUAUUAAAUUGGCAAGUUGUUUUAUACAGACUGUUUUUCAGCCACAAAUACAUUGUGAAUAAAGGGUUACUCCAAACACCAUGGCUACUUCAGCAGUCAUUAGCCAGCCCAGAACAAAUGGCCUGUAGUGGUUAUGAUGAUUGGAGUGGCAUAUAAGGCACCAUUAUCACUCAAUGUUAUGUAGUGGAUAUGGUGUUUAGAGUUCCACUUUAGGGCAUUCUAGGCAACUUAAUAAUUAAAGGAUUUUAACAAUAAAUCAACAGGAUUAAGGCAUUUUGUCAAAGCCCUGCUCCUCAAUGACUUUGUGUGUGCAUUAAUGGCUACUAUACAAUCUUUCAUAGAUAGUACUGUGGAUGCCUAUGUAUGCACAUGAUAAGCGACGGCCAUGUUUGCCCUAUGGUGCCACUGAGUGGGGGAAUGGAGUAGUUCUUGUAAAAUAUUGCCACUUAAAUGAAUAGAAUGAACUGUAACAAAAGAUGAUGGCAUGUGCAUUACUGAAUGGUGGGUGUCCUAUUACUGUUCUUUUUGCAGAUAGUGCUGUAGAUACUGGAAUCAGCUUUCGCAGUGAAAUUGUAAAGUUUAACACAAGUACUAGCACUGAACAAAUAUAACCCAUAUAACUGACUAUCGUACACAUAGGAGGCAGUGGUAUAAAAAAAGUUCUCGACAAAUCUCUCAAACCCAAUGAAAAAUUUGUAGAGUUGGUAAACUCACGUAGAUCAUUAGCUGCUUCUUUCAAACUGCUGCUGCUGGGUUAUCUAAUGCAAAAGAUGUUGGACUUUUUGCACUUUGUUUUAUACAAUUCAGUCACUCCCUUUCAGCAGAGAAUAGAAAGUAACAGAUGUUGGGCACAUUCAAGGAAGUAAUUCUGUAUUAGAAGUUUUUUUCCUGCGACCUGAAAUAGGUUAGGUGAAUAAACAUUUUGUUAUUCUCCCACCUCAGUUAAUACCAAAUUACAAUGUCAUACUACUGUAGGACUGUUCUACAGACCUGGACUCAGUUCCUUUUCUGAAUUUGCUGGAUAUUUCUACUGAUAUGUCAGAUGUAGAGAAGGUUUGAGUAUCAAAGGUUUUUCCUGCCUUAUCUCAUCCCCUUUAUCCACCUGUAAAAAUGAAUACAGUCUGUUCUCAGACCAUUCCAGGUCCCUUUGUUCUCCCAUUCAGCAUCCUAAGAGCACAUGCAGAAUGCGCCACCUGUCCCACAUGUGCUCAUGCCAUUGUACAGAACACUGGUGAGACCUCACUUGGAGUAUUGUACACAGUACUGGAGACCAUAUCUUCAGAAGGAUAUUGAUACCUUAGAGAGGGUUCAGAGAAGGGCUACUAAACUGGUACAUGGAUUGUGGGAUAAAACUUACCAGGAAAGGUUAAAGGAUCUCAACAUGUAUAGCUUGGAGGAAAGACGAGACAGGGGGAUAUGAUAGAAACAUUUAAAUAUAUAAAGGGAAUCAACACAGUAAAGGAGGAGACCAUAUUUAAAAGAAGAAAAACUACCACAACAAGAGGACGUAGUCUUAAACUAGAGGGGCAAAGGUUUAAAAAUAUCAUGAAGUAUUACUUUACUGAGAGGGUAGUGGAUGCAUGGAAUAGCCUUCAAGCUGAAGUGGUAGAGGUUAACACAGUAAAGGAGUUUAAGCAUGCGUGGGAUAGGCAUAAGGCUAUCCUAACUAUAAGAUAAGGCUAGGGACUAAUGAAAGUAUUUAGAAAAUUGGGCAGACUAGAUGGGCCGCAUGGUUCUUAUCUGCAGUCACAUUCUUUGUUUCUAUGUGGGUAGGAAUUGGGGUCAAUUUUUAUUUAUUUUAAGGACUAUUCCCCUUUAAUUGUUCACCAUUAAAGGAACACUCCAAGCACUCUAACCACUACAGCCCAAAGUAGUGGUGAUGUUUCCAGGCAGGACUGUAGAACGGGUAUGCAAAACCUUUGACUCUGACUUCUCAGUUUAUGGUGCCUCUGAUUCCAUAUAUUACAUACAAAUUUGCCAAAAAGUCUCCACAAUUCUGGCCUAAUUAGUGUAUUUCUGAGGUUUGUUGGAUCAUAACAUCAUUCUCUUUUUAGAAUAAUACUAUAAAAUUAUGUCAUUAAAUGCAGAAGAUAUGUUGAAUUCUCUUUAUUCUAUCAAAGGUUAUAGCUGAAUAACUAGAAAAAGGAAACCCUAUGAAAGAAAACAUACUACAUGGAGUAGUUUAUAAUGAUAUUACAAUUUACUGUAUAUGUAAAUAUGUCAGUAUUUUUGAGGUUAAAAAAAAAAAAAAAAAAUCUCCUAAAAGCUAGGGGUCGGCUAAUACAUUGAACAUAAAGUUGUUGAUACAUAGCCAAGACUAAAUAUAAAGCCCUAGUGCUUUAUCGAUGCAUGCAAUGCUUUUAUCCUUCUCAUUCCGCUUUAUCACUUCGAAAUAGAAUUUGUGGGGUGCUCACCAUCAGGUUAUCACCUGACUGUGUACGCUUAGGAGCCAUUAUUUACACUUUAUAUAUACAAAUUUCAGAAGAAUUAGCAGAUGACAUUAGCACUUGCAGUAUUGUAUUGUUUGUUGACUGGAGAGAUGAUUACCAAAGCAUACAUGCAAAAAAAGUUAACUUCACACUGUUUUGUUUCUUUAUAUUUAAACUCAGACCAUCCUAUUAGUCCUAUAACCGAUCAUUUAAUCGGGUACAGUAAGAAAGAAAAUCUAUAAGGUUAUAUGAAAUUGGACUAUUUGUUGUUAUCUGCUGCUUAGCAUAGACCCAAAUUGUAAGUGUUCGAGUUCGUAGACCUAGCCUUUGCCCAAAUUUUGCACAUUGAUGUUGGGGUCGACUUAUCUGGCUAAUAUAGGCUUAAAGCUACAUAACACCUCUAAUUUUGCAGGAUCAUCUUAUACGUCAGCAUAUUGGCAACAUAUUUUUUACUGACUCCAGUAACCCAAAAUCACUUCCUACUCCACAUCCCUGGAUCCUGGAGUACUCUGGCACUCUCCCAGAGUAUGUAGUCAAACCUCUUUAGAAGGAUUUGAUAACUUUCCUUGCAGGAGCCUCCAGCAGAAGAGUAGGCAUUGUCUUGCAACCUGGUGGGAUGCAGGUAAGUUUUAACUGUUCUUUAACAGAUUUCCUAAUGUGGGAUGGCGUCAGGACACUCCUGGUUCCAUUACAGUGCGUUGGAGUAUCCCUUUUAAAUACACUCCAAAGACCCUAAUCCCUGCAGUUUAUUACUUUUUCAGCACAGGGUCAUCCAUUUAAAAACAAACUAUGCAUUAAGUGCUUUCUUCUAACACCUUAAAGGAUCACUAUUGUGUCAGGAAAACAAACUCGUUUUCCUGACACUGUCAUCCUUGGGGAACCCUCAUCCUCAGGGUCCCCCUCCUGUUGGGCUGAAGGGGUUAAAACUUUUGCAUCCAGCGUUGCAGAAGCGCCUCUAGAGGCUGGAAGACUGCCACUAGAGGCUGGAUUAACCCCUAAUGUAAACAUAGCAGUUUUUCAUUGAGCUGAAGUGGUUCACCGCCCAGUCCGUGAUGCUCGGCAGGAUGGGUGUUGAGGUGCUGCUGUAUGCAGUGGUGGUCGCCUGUGGGGACUGGGAUGACCCGCACUGGGAGAGCAUGUCUGUUCCGAUCGGCGGUCAGGCUCCGCCCCCGGUUAAGAUUAUUUUGUCUGUUUAUUAUCAGGAAACUUUAUAUACUCCUUUUGUAAUUGUGGCCUUUGUUUUUACAUUUACUCACUGUUUUGCUACUGUUGCAAAAUUUGCUUUACACAAUAUAUGCAAGUCAUUCCCAUCCUGGAGUAAUUGUUCAUUACCUUUUCAUUGUGUUUCUACUGUUUAAUAAUGUACAGACAGUGUUUCCACGUGGAGUGUAUAUAAUGGAGCACUCCUUGCAAAAUGUCAUGUGUAUUUACUUACUGAAGCUUUCUUGGUAACUAAAAACUGUGUGCUUGGUUUCCCAGUAAACAAAUAUUAGCAAGCUGAAAUUGACACUAUAGUCUCUAUUAUUAUUAUUAUUAUUAUUAUUAUUAUUAUUAUUAUUAUUAUUACCAUUUAUAUAGCGCCAACAGAUAUCGCAGUGCUUUACAUUAUUAUGAGAGGGGGGAUUUAACUAUAAAUAGGACAAUUACAAGAAAACUUACAGGAACGAUUGGUUGAAGAGGACCCUGCUCAAACGAGCUUAAUCUAUAGGAGGUGUGGUAUAAAACACAUUAGGACAGGAAAUGGCAAUCAAGGUGGGAGUGACGCAGAGCUGGAGGAGAGAGUAGACUGCUGCCCUUUAGGAGAGCGCAAGAGACAGGUAUGUGAGGUAGAGGUUACUCUGGGAGGCCAUAAGCUUUUUUUAAAGAGUUGGGUCUUAAGGCACUUCUUAAACGAUUGAAGACUAGGAAAGAGUCUGAUGGCAGUAGGCAGGCUAUUCCAUAGAAAGGGAGCCGCCCGCGAGAAGUUCUGCAAGCGUGAGAUGGCCGUACGGGUGCGAGCAGUGGAAAGGAGAAGGUCACGUGCAGAGACAGAGAAAUGGUCAUACCUAUGGAUCUGUGUAGAGAAAUAAGAGGGGCUAGAAUUGUUCAGUGCUUUAUAUGUAUUGGUUAGCACUUUGAAGUGACUCCUAUAGGAUACAGGAAGCCAAUGUAAGGACUGACAGAAGGGUGAGAUGUGAGAGGACCGACUAGAGAGGAAAAUCAGUCUGGCGGCAGCAUUCAUUACAAACUGUAACGGGGCAAUACCGCUUUUGGGAAGACAAAUUAGGAGAGGGUUACAAUAAUCCGUACGGGAAAUUACUAAAGCAUGGACAAGCUCCUUGGGAGCAUCUUGCGUAAGAAAGGGGCGAAUGCGGGCUAUGUUUUUAAGAUGGAAUCUACAGGAUUUGGCAACAUUCUGGAUGUGAGGCUCAAAGGUGAGGCCAGAAUCAAGUAUGGCGCCAAGACAGCGCGCUUGCAAGGAUGGACUUAUGUGGAUACCACUAAUUUGAAGGGAGAGCGAAAGAGGAUGAUCAGUAUUAGGAGGAGGAAAGACAAGGAGCUCCGUUUUAGAGAGAUUGAGUUUCAGAAAGCGGGAGGACAUCCAGUCAGAGAUGGAAGAAAUGCAUGCAGUGACACGUUGCAGGACGGCAGGGGAGAGGUCCGGGGAGGAGAGAGAGAUCUGGGUGUCAUCAGUAUACAGGUGGUAGUGAAAUCCAAAUGAGGUAAUAAGUCUGCCAAGAGAGGCAGUAUAAAGAGAAAAUAGAAGGGGACCGAGGACAGAGCCUUGGGUAACUCCGAGACCGGAUGAGGGGAGGAGGUAUUAGAAAAAGAGACACUGAAUGAGCAUUGGGAGAGAUCAGAGGAAAACCACAAGAAGACCGUCACAGAGAACGAGUGAUUUUGAAGAGUUUGAAGGAGAGCAUGAUCAACGGUGUCAAAGGCAGCAGAGAAGAAUUAUUAUGGAAUAGUGACCUUUGGAUUUAGCUGCGAUUAGGUCAUUAGUAACUUUGAUAAGAGCAGUCUCAGAGUGGAGAGGGCAGAAGCCAGAUUGAAGAGGGUCAAGGGAAUUGAGGAAGUUGAGACAUAUGGGUAAAGACAAGUCUUUUCAGACGCUUUGAGGAAAAAGGGAGCAGGGAUAUGGGACGAUCGUUAGAAGGGGAGGACGGGUUAAGAGGUGUUUUUUUUUUUUUUCUGGAUAAGUACUACCGUGGCAUGUUUAAGGUCAGCUGGGACAACGCCAGAAGAGAGAGAGCAGUUGAAGAUGUGUUUUAAGGAGGGCACAAGACAGGGGGAGAGAAAUCUGAUAGUCAGGUGGGACAGGAUCUCGAGCGGGCAAGUAGUGGGGCGAGAGGAAAGGAGAAGCGCAGCCACCUCUUGUUAAGUAGCCAGGGAGAAAGUCUGAAGGGUAGGAAAUUCAUGAAAGAGAACUGCGAGGUGAAGAGAAUUUUUUUUCUUAGCUGUUCAAUCUUGUUGGUAAAGUAGCAUGCAAAGCUAUUGGCUGUAAGGUUAUUUUGGGGGGUGGCCACUAGAGAUCGACCGACAUUGUUUUUUUUUUGUUUUUUUUUGUUUUUUUUAGAGCCGAUACCGAUAAUCUGAACUUUCAGGCCGAUAGCUUACCAAUAAUCUGUACAUUUACAGUUUUGAGGGAAAAUAUUGUUUUUUGCAAAUCUUUUUAAAUUUUUUUAUUUUAUUAAGUGGUAAAUGCACAACAUAUACAUGCCAGUCAGGUUUUUUUUUUAAUUUUUUUAAAUUUUUUAUUUUUUUAAGACUAUAUUUAUAUGUUUGUGUAGUGGAUGCAGUGAGAGUAUUUGAUUUGUAAAUGGUGUGUGUGUAGUGGGUGUUGGAACUCCCCUCCCCACCCCUCAUUUCCCUUAAUGUUCCUCUCCCUUAUCUUGUAGUGAUUAGGGAUGGAAUAUUAGAAAAGAGGAAGUAGGUUAGCCAGGCAGCAAAGGGGUCAAGGACGAUUAGAGGGAAUCAGGGGGGCAAUAAAUAACAGCAAUGUUAGCAGAGAACGGUUUGAAGAGGCGAAUCAAAUGAACUUCAAAUUAUGGGAAAGAGAGGGAAGGUUGAGUGAGUAGAGGUUUGAAGGAGCAUUGAGGUGAGAGGAGAAAUACUACACCACCACCACCUUUACAUUCAGAUUGUCUUGGGUUGUGGGUAAGUUGAAGACCACCAAAGGAUAAAGAUGCAGGGGUAGCAGUGUCAGAGGGGGCGAAUGAGAGAUAAAGAGGUCGUGGACAGCAGUGGAUUUUGUAAUAUUGCUAACCAAGCUUGCAUUGCAGAGGGCAGUAUUGAAAGAGGAUUUAGAGGAAGAGUAACAUGAGAUGGGUAUGAGAUUGGUGUGGUUCCUUGAGUUAGUAUGCGGUGGGUUUGCUGAGAUGGGACCAGGGUUUGGAGAGAUAUCACCAGGAGCAGAAGGAUGGAAAAGUGAAGGUGGGAGUAGGAUUUGAAAGUGUGUGUUGUGUGUGUGUGUUUUUUUUAUGAGUAUGUAUAUAGAGGAGUUGGAUGAGAUAGGAUGGAAAGGUAUAUGUAGAGUGCAUGGGAUAUAAAUAGAGGUGAGGGGAGUAAAGUAGAAGUAAUGAAGAUGGUGUUUCCAGGGACAGGUAAGCAGAAGGAUAGGGAUAUUUUAGUAAUGAGAGAAGUUGGUGUGAAAGUGAAAAAUACAGCUUAAUGUAGUGGUACUGGUGUCUAUAGCAUGUCCCUGCAGUCUUAGCAAUAUAAAUAAAGUGUUGUGUGUUUUUUUUUUGUUUUUUUUUUUUAACUGCAUGGUGUGCAUCACUUGCGUUCAGCAUGGAGAUACUGAAAGCUCCUCAAAGAAAUGCAUUGAUUCAGUGCAUCUUUAGGAGGAGAUGCUGAUUAGUGCAGAUAGGUGUUUUGCAGUACGUGCUCAAUACCCUCCUAUUGCUUUCCUAUGGGAAAACAUUGGAUUGUCUAAGAUCGUCAAGAAUGAUCAUCUCAGCCUUGAAGGUGGAACCAGCCGUGGGGAGACUGCGAGAAAGGUAACCUUUUCACUCCCCAGCAAAGGGGGGCAGUGACCUAAAUAGCCAUUUCAGCACUGUCAGGAAUAUAUGUUUGUAUUCCUGACACUAUAAGUAUCACAGGCUGCCUUCAUAUAAGUAACACUAGUCAUGAGUGGAGUUCAUACUCCCCCAACUGCAAAUCUACCUAAAAACCAUGCUAUGUAAAUGUAUUAGGGAUUCUUUCUUCUCAACUGAUCUAAUCUUAAAUAAGGUUUGUGUUAUUUAAUUAUUUUUCCUUCCCUUUUUCCCCAAACAAAGUGCUGCUAAUUGCGUAAGUGUGACGUUUUAUGCCAGUAAGCGCUUUUCACAAAAAUUCUUUUACAGCACGAUUUUUAUAAAUUUCAGGGAUUUCUGAACCACAACUCUCAUUUAAUUUUUCAGUGUAGACAACAUGACAUAUAUCAUCGGAGCAAAAAUCAGAAUUGGCCUUGUUGGCUAAUGGAGGACAACAUAUUUUAUGAUCCAGCAAGUAAAUUACUAUAAUCUAUCAUACACAUUGCACAACAAAAUGUGGAUGCAUAGAGUAUCCCUUUAAGAUAAGAGUAAGGGUACGGAGCAUGAAAUGCACAAUGUUAUGGUCAGUCCGUGAUGUGAUGUCGUUCCUGGAUGAAUAUUCCAGAGUCACCAAAUCUGCAAAUAUGUUUUGAUGGGUUUGGAGUUGAAUAUGGAUGACAAGCCAUGGCAUUUGGAAAUUUACUGUUGGCAAAUGGCUGAAGAUGCUUUUCAUGUUAUUGCAGGUUGUACCUUUCUUGCUAGUAUUGAUGAGCAUGUCUGGCCUAGGUUCUCAUAUCUCUGGUAUUUUGUUCAUUCAGGAAUACUUAGUGGUGCAGUAUUCCUCCCUCCAAUAAAACCUUAAAAAAAAAAAAAGAGGGGGGCUGCUAUAUAAGGAUUUCAGUAUUGUAGUUGUUUUUCAGAUGAAUAGGUUUUCCUCUGUUUUAUUUAUAGAGUUUAUGACUAUUAAGAGCUGCUUUAUUAUUGAGGGUUUGCCUAUUUGAAGAGAUGGAUUGCUAUGUAAUGAGAGAUCGUUAGAACAUGGGGAGAUAUUAAAGGAAAGACUGAGCUGGAUUUGCUUUCCAUUUUGGAUAUAACCUAUGUUAUUAAAGCAUGAAACCAUUUUUGUUUUUUUAAAAUGCUUUCUUCACACUAUUUUAUAGUUGCAGAUUAUAGUGGGUUUUUGUGUAAUGCAGAUCAGAGUUCUAAUCGUAAAUGUUUAGUAUCCUGACAGCUUUUCUUUUUUGUGUGUGCACAUAUCCAUCUGUUAAGGGUUUGUUUUGUUGACUGCCGCAAGCUAGACUUACAGCAAUACUGUUUUUGUUAUCCAACAUAUUACUGGUCUCAAACGCAAAAUGUCAUUGUCCUUUUAUUGGCCCAAUUUCUUUUUUUCUUCAUAAAUUCACCCACACCCAUAGCAUGUUUGCAUGGUUUUUCCACUGAUUUUUUUUUAUUUUUUUUGCACACCUUUUACUUUCCCCUCUUUUCACAGUCCCAAAGCAGAUGACUUAUCUACUGCAAUUCUCAAGCAGAAAAACCGGCCCAACAGGUUGAUUGUUGAUGAAGCCAUCAAUGAGGACAACAGUGUGGUGUCCCUGUCUCAGGUAAAAUUAUUGUAAAAUUUGCAAAAUGUGGGGUAUUUAACUCUUAACAGUGUAUGUUUGAAACUCCAGUUAAAGUAUUGUUUUUUUAAAAUCCUGUCGACCUUCCAAUUGUGACUCAUCUUAUAGGGCAAGAUGGAUGAGCUCCAGUUGUUUAGAGGAGACACCGUUCUCUUGAAGGGUAAGAAGAGACGAGAAGCUGUUUGCAUUGUCCUGUCAGAUGACACCUGCUCAGAUGAGAAGAUCCGUAUGAACAGAGUUGUUCGUAAUAACCUGAGAGUGCGACUUGGAGAUGUGAUCAGGUAUGCUGCUCUCGUUAACAAUUUUGGUGCUUUGCUAUCCAAAAUAUGAAAGUCACAAAUUUUGAUAAUCUUUGACUAUUCGAAAAGGGAAACACGCCUCCAGAUUCAUAGUAAAAAACAAAACGCACCUGCACUGAAAGGUUUAAUGUUCUUAAAAUGGUAAAAUAUUAAACUCAAUCCGUGUUGUGUAGAAUGUUUCCUUACCAGAAUGGUGUACUGCCCACAAGCUGUGCUGAAGGGAAACUCUAAAGAACAAGAACUAGUAGAACUAAAUUACGCUUUAAUGGUUAUGGUCCCAUGAGAGCUUUAUCACUCCUUAACUCGCCAUGAGAGUACUGAAACCAUUUGCACCAGUCCCUGUCUAUGGGAGCUGAAAGCUUGGCCUUAGUGAAGCCCAGUUUUCAGCUGAUUCUUCCAGCCAAUGAGCUGACCUUCGCUUUGGAUAACUAACAGAAGCUCCUAGGAUGAACUUCUCGCCCUACACAGCAAAUUGGUCAAAAUGUUGGUAAACUACUUUUCAUGGGAGGAGCAACAGGACUCUCCUGGUACCAUAACUCCUACAGUGUACUGUAGUGAUUAUGAUGCUUGGUGUGUUCCUUUUACUAUAGUAGUUUAAGUGCAAAGAGCGAUCCUUGCAGUCUCAUAUGUGUUUACAUUUGUACCUGGAAACACCUCUAAUGACUUUGAGUGGCAUCAAAGUCACUAGAGUUGCUUCCUCCUAUUGUCCUGCAGUAUAUGCUAUAUUGACAUUUGGCAUCCUCCACAUGAAUAAACUGUAUGCUCCCUUUUUGAUGUGACGUUGAAUGACUGGCGCAGUGUGGCUUUUGGCGCCUAUGCCCAGUAGGUGCUGCUCUAUGAAGAUGCUUUGAAUUGGCUGAGAUUGUCACUAAAGAUCUCAGCCAGAGGCAGAGUAGUAGCUGUGGCAGGACUGGCAUGAGAUGAAAGGAAAGUUGUUAAGUCUUGUUAUGCUUCUCUUAUAGUUUGGCCUGUAAAUCUGAAGAGGCAGGAAUAAACACAUGUGUUAGAAAGAAAUGUCUGUGUUUCCUUUUAAGUUGUAAUGUGUACUGGAACAAAGCAAAGAUAUGUGUAAAUUGUACAGGCGCAUAUAAUUAUAAUUCAAAAUAGGUAUUAGCAGCCUAAGCACUAUAUGGGUACUCCUAUUAUUCCCCACAAAUUAAACCGCAAACAACACACUGAUUGUUUAAGGGUUUGGGUGUUAUCCCUCUCCCUUAUGUGGAAUAGAACAGUGUAAAGUGCAGCGCUAAUAAAAAGAAAAAAAACUAUAUACAAAAACCAGUUGCAGCUUAGCCUUAUGUUAGUACAGCAUAGGUAGUCAUAUAUACAUAAAAGGGACAGAAAAAAACAUAUAAUAGGGGAAAUAUUGUUAAGGUGAGUAUUUCACAGUUUUUUGUGGGUUUUUUUUGUCCUCUUUUAUGUAUGCUGUACUAACCUAAGGGGUAAGUUGCUACUGUUUUUUUGUAUAUAGUGUUUUUUUUUUAUCGCUGCACUUUACAUGGUUCAUGUAUUCCAUGUAAGGGAGAGGGCUAACACCCAAACCCUUAAACAAUCACUGUAUGUUGUUUUCUGUAAUGUGUACUGUAUCCAUUUGCAAAAAUACCUGCUUGAAACUCCUGGCCCUGCAAUGCACCUCACCUCUGUAAUACACACAUCAUGAUUUACAUUUACAAAGAUAAUAAACCAAUGAAAUCCUAUCUGCUUGAUACCUCAAAGAAUUAUUUGUAAUUUUAUUAUAUCAUGAUAUAUUGCAGUGUAUUUAAUUAGAUUUACUAUUUUACUUAGUUAUUUUUUAAAAAAAUUUUUUAUAGCAUCCAGGCCUGCCCAGAUGUGAAGUAUGGCAAACGAAUCCAUGUUUUACCCAUAGAUGACACUGUGGAAGGAAUCACUGGCAAUCUGUUUGAGGUGUAUCUUAAGCCUUAUUUCCUGGAAGCUUACCGACCUAUCCGAAAAGGUAUUCAGCAAAUUGCUAUCACUCCUCAUGCCUGCAUUAUGUUUAACACAUGCUAAGAAUUCUGACUUGCAAAUGGUUUUUAUUUAAUUUUUUUUUUUUUUUUGAGGACAGACUCCUGUAUUAAGGCAUAAAAAUGUAUGCUGCUUACACAUUUAAUUUGUGCCUAUAAACUGAAAAUUUUGCCUAUAAUCUGUUUUGGCUUGAUUUUUUUUUUGAUUUUUUUUAUUUUACACCGUAAUCCAAGGCUUUUCAAAGCAAAGCUGCUAUGUCUCCAUGGCAACUUAGAAAUUGGACCUGGAGUCCAGAAUACUGCCUUCUGUGCAAUGUGGUACUUAGCUUCUAGAUUUCACGGAGAUGUGUUAAGUCCUGCAGUGAAUUAAAUUAGACUAUUUGGAUUUUGGGAAUUCCCUUGUAGCAUGACUGAUCUCCUUGGAACUGCCUUAUUUUAUAGCCUUUCAUAUAGUUUCCUUUUGUCAACACAGAACAUUGAUUUUUGAAGUCAGGCCGGGUGGGUUUUACUUUUUUUAAUAUAAAACCUGUUAAUAUAGCCAACUAGUCUGAGUUGAGCUGCUUAGCCUUACUUUAUAGGAGAGAAAGGCCAGUGUUUGAACUUACUCUUUGGAAAAAGCACUUGUAAUGAAGAAGCGUUCUACUAAGAAAUCUUCCAUAUCUUCUUUUAUUUUUUUCAAUCUAAUAAAAUACAAAAGGAGAUUGCUGGCUAUAUGUCAUUUCGUUUUGUAAUUGUGUUGAAGGGCCAAGGAUUCAGCCCAAAUUUUUAUGACUCCUUUCGUUUUAAGUCUGAAUAAUGUAUACCUAGAUGUGCUCUUGAAGGUUAACUAACUAAUCAGGAGGAGAUUGUCUUUUUGCACAGGUGACAUCUUUUUGGUGCGUGGAGGAAUGCGUGCCGUGGAAUUCAAGGUUGUGGAGACAGAUCCAAGCCCGUACUGCAUAGUGGCUCCAGAUACUGUAAUUCACUGUGAAGGAGAGCCUAUUAAACGUGAGGUAUGAAUGAUGAUCAGCUAUCCCGAAGCCAAACACCUAGAUAAUUUGUGUAACACAUGUUGGUUCUAAUCACUGCUUUCCAAUUCAUAGGAUGAAGAGGAGUCCCUGAAUGAAGUGGGUUAUGAUGAUAUUGGUGGUUGCAGGAAGCAGUUGGCUCAGAUCAAGGAGAUGGUAGAGCUGCCUUUGAGACACCCAGCGCUUUUCAAAGCUAUUGGUGUUAAGGUAAUGUAUUGCAUUUCUAAUCUGCAAAAUUCUGUCUGUAAAUAAAAUCUGGAGUCUUGUAUUAACCACAAACCCGUCAGAACAUGGCCAAGUCAUUUGUGUUUAGAGGGUUUUUAUAAAAUAUAUAUUUUUAUUAAAAGCAUAGAGACUCUUUAAUGUGUGAACUAGUCUUUCCCCAUAUGGCUGUCAUGUACAAUGUCUCGUAAUUUACAGAUACCACAAUAAAGAUUAUCCAUGCUUACUUUGCAACGUCUGUCAGAUUUUUAUGUUAAUAGAAAAACAUAGGGCCAUGUACCUGGAGAAAUAAAUGAAGUGUAAACAAAACAUACAAAGUGUAUUUUUGGUUAGUGUUGAUGUUUGUUGGUCUGUAACAUAGCAUGGUUUUUCUUUUAGUACUCGAACCUAUGAUGUGUACAAAAUAUCGGAAUGUAUAAUUACAGGAAGUUUAAGGAACAGUACUUCUAUUUCACCAUACUCUUACAUUGUUGUGUUGCUGUUGUGGAUUCUUUAUGUAGACAUUGAGAUAGUCAAGCUCUCAUGUUAUCACUUUAACCCCUUAAAACAGGAGGGUGUACUAUUACGCCCUAUUCUAAGCGGCUCUAAGCGCCGCAGGGCGUAAUAGUACGCCGUCACGGUUUUUGUUACUUACCCGGUCGCCAGCGAUGGCGGUCGGGGGAUUCACCUGGGAUCAUAGGGAAAGUGACGUUAUUUGCAUUUUUCACACACAAACCGCACUUACACGGAAGAUAUUAUUGCUGUGAUACUUUUUACUGUUUUGAAACACUAAUAUUUGUGUUCAGCGAAGUCUCCCGAGUACAACAGUACCCCUCAUGUACAGGUUUUAUGGUGUUUUCAAAAGUUGCAGCGUCAAAUAUAAGGCUUGUUUCAUUUUUUCACAUUAAAAUUCGCCAGAUUGGUUACAUUGCUUUUGAGACACUAUGGUAGCCCUGAAUGAAAAUAACCCUUGUGAUGGCAUACCAUUUGCAAUAGUAGACAACCCAAGGUAUUGCAAAUUGGGUAUGUCCAGUCUUUUUUGGUAGCCACUUAGUCACAAACACUGGCCAAAAUUGGCGUUUUUUUGCAUUUUUCACACACACAAACAAAUAUUAACGCUAACUUUGGCCAGUGUUUGUGACCAAAUGGCUACUGAAAAAGACUGGACAUACCCCAUUUGCAAUACCUUGGGUUGUCUACUAUUGCAAAUGGUAUGCCAUUAUGGGUGUAAAUUUCAUUCCUGGGCUAUUAUACAGUCUCAAAGGCAACGUAACCAAUCUGGGGAAUUUCAAUUUCAAAUAUAACGUGCUAUAUUUGACCCUGUAACUUCCCAAAACACCAUAAACCCUGUACAUAGGGGGUACUGUUUUACAUGUGAGACUUUGCUGAAUACAAAUAUGUGUAUUUUAUUGCAGUAAAAGAAAACAGUAUUAUGACAUUGACCGUUAAAAUGUCAUGUAGAACUAAAAAAAUAACAUUCUUAUUUUCUUCCAUUUUUUUCAUAUUCAAAUUAUGUUUUAUAGCUAAAUAUUUGAUAUUAAAUGAAAGCCCUGUUUUCCCUGAAUAAAAUAUGUAUUAAGUGUGGAUGCAUUUAAUAUGAAAGAAGUGAAUUACGGUUGGACAGACAUGUAGCGCAAAUGCCAGGUUUUGUUCACAACGUGUACAUUUGGCUCAGUCCUUAAGGGGUUAAAUAUUUGUCUGAAAUUUGACCAGCCUGGGUUUUUGUUUCACAAAUGGCACAUUGCUAGGGUAAAGCACUGUGACAUAUGUAGCUAUUUAAUAUAAUUUCACUGAUUAUCUUUCUUUAACGUGCAGCCUCCUCGUGGUAUUUUGCUGUAUGGACCACCAGGAACUGGAAAAACUCUUAUUGCUCGUGCUGUUGCUAAUGAAACUGGAGCAUUUUUCUUUCUGAUCAAUGGUAAGCAUUCCACAUAAUUCUACUAAUUCCCAUGUGGAUUACAUUCCAUAGAGUCUCCUUUAACACAAUGAGUACAGCCUAUUUACUAUUUUACCAGCAGCACAAUGACAGCAGGUGUACAUCACACUACAGAGCAUUGCAUCAGUUUUUGUUCACCAGCAGGCUAAAGUAAAACUGGAAUUUUGAAUGGAAAUGUUUUACAUGGGUGUUUUGAUCUUAACCCUUUAAGGACCAAACUUCUGGAAUAAAAGGGAAUCAUGACAUGUCACACAUGUCAUGUGUCCUUAAAGGGGUUAAUAAACAUCUACCAUUGUGUCUGAUUUAUCAAAGACAUACGUUGUGAGAAGAGCAUGAUACAUAGAUUCGUUCUGCAUUUCUCUGCCCUGCGAGCCGUAUAAUGUCCUGUGUAUUCUGUAUGCUCUGCAUAAGAACCAGAGUGAAAUGUCUCUCACGGGAUUGGAUUAAUGCUGAAAUGCAAGGGAUAACAGAAAAGUUCUAUGAUGCCUUUUCUAGAAGUUAUUUUGACAACUUCUGUAAACUUCUGGGGGAGGGGAGGGGGAUGUAUUCUGACAGCAGUUAAUUUUUAUCCUUCAAAAUACUGCUUGUUCCAAAUAUAUGUGCAAAUUAUGAGACUUCCAGUUUCCUGUGCAAAAGAGCUUUUCUUUUGUGAAUUACACAUGAAAAUCUGAGCUUAGAAAUCUUUUGGUUUAUUGCUCCUUUGACAGGCAAGGUUAUGAUGAGAUAUGAAAGUAAGGUAGCUGCUCCUAAUAGGCUCUGCUUGGAUUGGAUUCUUCCAUGAACGUCCCAGUGAAACAAACUUCUUAUAUUUUGCAUAACAUUGGGGUAUGAUUCAUUCUAUUGUUCCAUGUUGGAUUCCCAUUUAAAAUAUAGGAUCUAUUAUUUUUGUUCCCUUAAUGAUGCAUCUUCUUGUAACGCAUUUCCUGCCUUUAAAAAUCGUCCUUUAAAUCCCCCGUUCGCUCCAGGUCCUGAGAUUAUGAGCAAGUUGGCUGGUGAAUCUGAGAGCAAUCUGCGUAAAGCCUUUGAGGAAGCCGAGAAAAAUGCCCCUGCUAUUAUCUUUAUAGAUGAGUUGGAUGCCAUAGCCCCAAAGAGAGAGAAGGUCAGUGCAAUGAUGACACUUCAUCAGAUUUUUAAAAAUCUUGGUAUUCUUUUGCUAAAUAUUAACAUUUUUAAUUUUUUUUAAACUAUCUUUUGAAACUUCUCUAACUGCAUGAAAAGUAAAUUUGUGAGGUUAGAAAUAAAAAUGGUCUUCGUCAUUAUUUGCUGUAGCUAUCUACUAAAUAUCUAUUAAAACAAUAUUUAGCACCAUUUAAUGGCAUAGAUUUUUUACAAAACAUAUAUUUAGCAACCAUGUAUUUGUGAGCUAUGAAAAAACACUACUUGGCUGUAGAAAUCCACACCUUUUGUAGCCUGCAACUGGGUUUUCUCCAUCUUAGAUCCCUGUCAAUCAUUGCUAUAAGCUCUUUCUUUUGCACCUGGCAGUCAGCAUAGAGAAAAAGCGAAAUAUGACCAUUUUUCCAUUUGCAACGUUUACCCAUGGUUUUACUUUGUCUGAGCUUGAUAAGGAUGUAAUUUUGGAAAUAUUUCAAAUAUCACAUCUCAUGAAAACAGAAGGUAUAUUGGUAAACUAGUUAUAGGUGACUUUCAAAGUUUUAUUCAAAGUUGUGGAUUCCAGAGAUGUUCCCAUUUAAGGACUGAUGACCAAAUCAUUCUGUCAUAACAAAGCGUCUGUGACAGACUGCCUGCCACCCCGACUGGGUGCCUCCGUCAAUCUAUGCUUCCUAGUAUCCCUGAGUACUUCCAAGCACUCCACCAGACGCCGUAGACCCUUGGCCACCGCAGUUUGGCUGGGGUCUCGCUAUCCUCCACUCACCCUGGACCCAAGUCAAGGAUCUAGCUUCCAUUAGGUAGCCUCUCCUCUUACAGAGAGUAUAGCAGGAAAGCUCUUACAAGAGCAAGUGAUAUAGCUGGUAUUGCUGUUCCCUACAAGCACGAGACGAGGCUCUGUGUUGAGGGUGAAGUAGAACUGUUUAAUGGCAGCCACAACUGGCCUUAUAUGCAAGUCCCCAUGCAACAUAUUACAGGGGCAUUCCCCACUGGGUCUGAUGUACACACAAAUAGCGAUUUUCUUUCAUUUUAUUUGGUCUGUGGAGUGUCCUUUUAAAGAGUUGCAUUCUUGAAACUAUUAAUGGUUUGGUGUACCUAAAACAUGGUUUACAAUUGUGUAUCAUACAUAUUUUAUCUAAACAUGUAAAUUGAGAUGUUUAGUUAGAAUUUUUUAACGUUCAAAGUUCUUUAGGCUGCUGUAGAGAAUGACUGACUGACUGACUGACUGAGAGAUUGGGAUGUACUCUGUUAACUAACUUAAGCCACGUAUUUUGCUGAUUUUAAUAUUGUCUGUUUUUGUAGACACACGGAGAGGUUGAACGCCGCAUUGUGUCACAGCUGCUAACCCUAAUGGAUGGGCUUAAACAGAGGGCGCAUGUCAUUGUCAUGGCUGCUACAAACAGACCCAACAGCAUUGAUCCUGCACUUAGACGAUUUGGUGAGCCUUCUAUCCUUCUCCUUUUUUUCACAUCUCCCCCAGUGAUGUCCUUAGUGGCCUACUAAUACUAUUCUGUAAUGUGGUCAUUUAUUUUGCAAAGUUUUCUUUUGUUUACAUUAUGAAAUUUUUCUUUGCCCCUUCAGGUCGUUUUGACAGGGAAGUUGACAUUGGGAUCCCUGAUGCCACUGGUAGACUGGAAAUUUUACAGAUUCACACAAAGAACAUGAAGUUGGCCGAUGAUGUUGAUCUAGAACAGGUUGGUUUAAAUCUCACAUCUACCAGUUGAUCAAUCUACAGUUAGCAUAUAUUAUGCCAGCAGGGGGCAGUGUGGUACCACUGUAGAAGCAUUGGUACAUCUUUUUAGAAUUACCUGAGUGUUUUGUUCUCUUGACCUGAAAACUUACUUAAUCCUAGAAAACUGCUAAUGUAACAAUGUCUCUGUUUUAUAUGCAUAGAGAUGAGAGGCCUAUUAUUUGAAUAGAUUGCUCUAUAUUGUGUAUAACCCCUGGUGUUUGCUUUGAAUGUAUGUAUAUAAAACGAGUAUGCUUUAAGAACGUUGGAAGACAGGUCCACAAUGCAUUGUCAUGGUUGGAUCUUGAUCUUUUCUGCAUGUUUUAAUUUCUGCAUUCAAAUUUAUUCAUGUUCUCUGUUUUAAUGUAAGUGGUCGUUUCUAUUGUCUGUUUAGGUUGCCAAUGAAACACAUGGUCAUGUGGGAGCUGAUUUGGCUGCUCUAUGCUCAGAGGCAGCUCUCCAGGCCAUAAGGAAGAAGAUGGACCUGAUUGAUCUGGAGGAUGAAACUAUAGAUGCUGAAGUGAUGAAUUCUCUUGCUGUCACUAUGGAUGACUUCAGGGUAGGUACAUUUUGGGAAUACCAGCUAAAUGAUGAGCUUAGGAUCUUCAAUUAUUGCAUGUAACGGAUAUUCAUGAAACUGAGCGCAAUGUGGUGCUCCGAGGAUUUAACCCGAACAAUCAGUAGUAGAUGUCAGUAGUGACCUGCUGAGGGCAUUGGUACAAGCUGCAUGAACACUAUGUGAUAUUUAUUUUCCUGUUCGUCUUCCUUCUGCUCUAUCGCAGACUAUGCAUUUGGAUGUUUUUAAAGGGACACUAUAGUCACCAGAACAACUAUAGCCCAAUGUAGUUGUUCUGGUGAGUAUAAUCAUUGCCUUCAGGCAUUUUCAUGCAAACACUGCCUUUUCAGAGAAAAGUCAGUAUUUACAUUCCCCCUAGGGACACCACCAAGUGGCCACUCCUCAGAUGGCCAUUGGAGGUGCUUCCUUGGGUAGUGCUGCAGUGCUGAUUGGCCAAAAUGUUUGGCCACGCCCACCUCCUUGCCAAUUUUAGCCAACCCAAUGCUUUCCCUGUGGGAAAGCAUUGGAUUGGCUAAAAAUCUGCCAUUCUCAUGUCAUCAAGGAGGCGGAUCAAGGGUGGGGCCAGCACCGGAGGACCAGUGCUUUGCUGGAAAUAAGGUGUUUAAAUUCCUUUUAAAGAGGCCAGCUAAAUUGUGGGUUUAAUACUAUAGUGUCAGGAAUACAUGUUUGUGUUCCUGACCCUAUAGUGUUUCUUUAAGCUAUUUGUCAUUGGUAUUUGAUAUAAUCACCAUUGACAUACAUAAACUUAUUGAGGCUAUUUUGAAUGAAGCGGCUGAUGGUCAAUGAAUAGUAGAUUUUAUGACCAAAUGCAUUAUAUUUUAAGCAUUAAAACAUAUGGUUAUCUGGUAACUUUGCUACACUUCCAAUUUUUUUUAUUUUUUUUUUUUAUUGCCUGAAAAUGUUUUCUGAAAAUCUUUAGUGCUCUUGGUUUGUUGUGCUCACAACUGCUGCAAAGUUUCAAAGUUCUUGCCUUUGUGUUUUUUAUAUACAGCUGUUUAUUGAUAAAUGUGUUAUUUUCCCUGACAGUGGGCAUUAAGUCAGAGUAACCCCUCUGCUCUGCGUGAGACUGUUGUAGAAGUGCCACAGGUUACCUGGGAAGACAUUGGUGGUCUGGAAGACGUGAAGCGAGAACUUCAGGAGUUGGUGCAGGUGAGUCUGCUACUAUUCUCCCAAUGCUCCUUAUUACUGAACUUGAUCUUCCUUGGGCAGGAUUUUACUGAAGGAUUAAUUGGGCAUCCUUGUGUAGUCUAAGUGGAUCGUGAUCAGCCGCAAGUAUUCUUUCAACAGAUUUGUUCUUUUUAAGCCAUUCUCAUUCUAAGGAGACUGACAUAUCCAGAAAUCUGUGUUAUCUCAUUUCUGCUAACUUAAGAGAACUUGCUCAAGGAAGAAAUUUGUAUUUCGGGGGGUGAAGUCAAAUAUUUCCUUUACAACACUUACCCUCUCACAAAAGAGGUAUUUUGUUCAUCAAUGCUUUCUUUGCAUUUUGCUUCAUCCUUCUAAAAUAUCACCCUUUUAUUCUAGUACCCUGUGGAGCACCCUGAGAAGUUCUUGAAAUUUGGAAUGACCCCAUCAAAAGGUGUGCUUUUCUAUGGGCCACCUGGAUGUGGUAAGACUCUGUUGGCCAAGGCCAUUGCCAACGAAUGCCAGGCAAACUUUAUCUCCAUCAAGGGUCCUGAGCUGCUCACCAUGUGGUUUGGAGAGUCUGAAGCAAAUGUUAGAGAGAUCUUCGAUAAGGUAAGAGGUUUAUUCUCAGUGUUUUAUUACGUAAGGUAAAAAGGGGCUCUAUUCAGCAGAUUAAGCACCAAAACCACUACAUCUUGAUGCCACUGCAUUCCGAUUAAAUGUAAGUAUUGCUGUUUCUAAUAAACUGCAAUGUUUACAAUUGUCAGUCAAUGUGCCUCUAGUUCACAAAAUUAAUAACGGAACAGCAACACCAGAAUAAACAACAAAACAGUUUUUGACCCAAAUAGGACUUUUGUCAAGCCUAAGUCUGAGUAAGAUACCACAUUGUUUAAACAGUGUAUAAUUAACAAUCACCAUGCAAAGGUGGACUUGCACAUAAGUGAUCAAAUUGCCACACAUAGGAGAAUAAUCCAGUGACGUUGGGUGCCUCUGGAUUACCUCAUAUAGGAAACAAUAUUAAAUGUCAAACAUAAAAGAAAGGGUACAAGAAAAACCUGUUAUUAGUGAAUGUUGUUUUUAUUUAUUUUGUACAUUCUAUAUAUCUUUCUUAAAGUAAUGCAAUAACACAGAGCAUAAUUUACAUUUGAUUUGCAAGUCCACCUUUUUGUAGUGAUUUCUAAUCAAACACUUAAGCGAUGUGUUCCUCAGACUUGGGUAUGACAAAGUUUCUGAAAUGUAGCCACGUCCACAUUGAUGUAAUAAAGCAAAUUUUGUUUUGUGCAUUUGGAGGAAUAUUGGGGAUACCUUUUUGGAUGUUGUGUUACAGAGUGCUAUCUCUGUCACUUUGUAAUACUUGAGUGUACCUCUAGCGAUCUUCAACUACAGGUAUUUGCUAGAAUAAAGUGCAUGAUGACACAAAAUGGUUAUCAUUAUUCUCCUAAAGAUGCAUUCUGGAUGAGAAGCAUGCGAUUAUUGCAGUGCAAUGAUUGCCAUGCUUUGUGCUAUAGGAUCCAAUGCUUCUCUGUGAGAAGCAUUAGACCACCCGACAUGAUUCACUGCUGAUCUCACAGCUGGCAGAGUGGAACCUUCUGCUGUGUGUUUGAGACCGUGCAGACAAAAGUGCAUAGUUGUUAAAAGAAGUACUCUUUAUUAACCCCUAAAGGAUUGGAGGCACUUGUCCAAAUUUUGAACAAAAACAUGAAUUUUAACCCCUAAAACAGUGUUAACCCUAACUCAUCAUAAAUCAUUACCUAACCAUAAGCCAAGAACUAACCUUAAGAAAAACACUCUGCCAAUAUCUGUGCUGAUAUCCGCAGAUGAGUUUCAAAGCUAAAAUGUAAGCUCGAUUGAGCAGGGUCCUCUUCAACCUAUUGUUCCUGUAAGUUUAUUUGUAAUUGUCCUAUUUAUAGUUAAAUCCCCUUUCAUAAUAUUGUAAAGUGCUACGGAAUCUGUUGGCGCUAUAUAAAUGGCAAUAAUAAUAAUAAUAAUAAUAAUAAAACAUUAGAGCGGUAUGUUGGUGCCAUCUACUGGCUGUUUUCAGCAUUACAAGCAUAUUUCUGUAAUGUUUAAAGGGAAACUCCAGGUCCCCUCUCCCUCCCACCACCCAAUCCCCGGUUGCUGAAGGGGUGAAAACCCCUUCAGUAACUUACCUGAGGUAGCGAUGAUGUCCCAUGUCGCUGCUUCCGCCGCCGUUCCUCUUCUGCAUUGCGUUGGCAGAGACUGAUCCCGCCCACCGGCCGGGGAGACCUAAUGUGCAUGCGCAGCAAUGCUGUGCAUGCGCAUUAGCGCUCUCCAUAGGAAAGCAUUGAAAAUGCUUUCCUAUGGGGAAAUGAGCGACACUGGAGGUCCUCACACAGCGUGAGGAUGUCCAGUGAUGCUCUAGCACAGGUUUCCUGUGCUAGAAACCAGGAAGUGCCCUCUAGUGGCUGUCUAGCAGACAGCCACUAGAGGAGUUAACCCUGCAAUGUAAUUAUUGCAGUUUAUAAAAAAAAACUACAAAAAAAACUGCAAUAAUUUAAAAUUGCAGGGUUAAGAGUAGUGGGAGUUGGCACCCAGACCACUCCAAUGGGCAGAAGUGGUCUGGGUGCCUGGAGUGUCCCUUUAAAGCAGGCAUGCUGAUUACACUGUGCUUGAUGCUGGGCUGCUGGUAAUUCGAUAUGGGGACAUGCUGUCAGUCUAUCCGUUUGUCUAGACCUUGGACUCUCCUUUGUGCAUCUGGCAGCCCAGAAACAGUGGCUGAGUGCAGGCUGCUCAGCCGCAAUAUUCUCAAAGGGCUGGAUCCAGAGCUCACUUUGAGCGCUCCAUGCAGCUCAUCCGUUAGCCUGGAGACUAAUAAAUGUGGCCCCAGGUAUGGAUUGAUACCUGGGACUGCCAUAUGUGAGCAGAAAUUUUAACUCUGCUCAUACCACAUUGCAGUAGUAGGCAUUUAAAUGCCAAUUUCAAUGGCUGUAGCAGCUUUUAAUUAAAGUGCUGCAUACGGAGCAUCUGUCAGUCCAAGGCAGCUUAAAAUGGCCCCAGCUGACAGAGGAAAGCCCCAGACAUAUUGUUUAUCCAGUUUAUUUCCUAGGCAGUAACUUCUGAUUUAGUGGAGAAUGUGAUUUAUUGAUAAUGUAUUACAUGGUAGCACUGUCUCUCCAGCUUUUAAUGUACACUAUUCAUUGUGUAACACUUAGAGUGUGUUCAUAAAUUGACUAUGCCUGCAGUUGCAAUGGUUUUAGAACUGGAGAACAGGGUUUACAUUUUGUAACCAUGUUUUCUUUUUAGGCAGACCUAAAUUAGGAUGCUUUAGUCGGCUUUCUAAUUUAUUUAAAACUUCAUAAAUUCUUAUGUUACCAGAACAUUUUGUGGAACUCUAUAUAAUGAAACAGAAUGUGUUAGUUUCUAAAUGGCAACCUGAUUAAGAAUGAUUUAAUUUUUUAUUGCAUUGUUCUAAAGAAUUCAUGCCAUUAUCUCUGUCUUGACUCACAGGCUAGACAGGCUGCUCCCUGUGUACUCUUCUUUGAUGAGUUGGACUCAAUAGCCAAGGCACGAGGUGGCAACAUUGGAGAUGGUGGCGGUGCUGCAGACAGAGUUAUCAACCAAAUCCUGACAGAAAUGGAUGGCAUGUCUACAAAGAAGAAUGUCUUCAUCAUUGGAGCCACCAACAGACCUGACAUCAUUGACCCCGCCAUUCUGCGUCCUGGUCGUCUGGAUCAGCUAAUCUACAUCCCUCUGCCAGAUGAGAAGUCCCGUAUGGCUAUCCUGAAGGCAAACCUGAGGAAGUCUCCGGUUGCCAAGGUAAGAGUUUGAGAUCUUUGCAUGUUCCAAGUAAUGUUUGGUUGGUGUUAGCUUUUUUUUAGGAGGCUUUAUCUUUGUUUUAUUUGGGGUUUUCAGUCUUUUACUUAGUAUAGUGUAGUUCAUUGAUACAGCUGAUUAUCCUUCAUAAUCCUUCAAACACUCAUUGGUUGAUAACUGUUUUAGUUAAAUAGAUGUUUAAAAUUUGCUGUAGCAGUCUAGCAUUAAUAUUUUAUUCAUCUUACGUAUAUUUUAGGGAGAGGUAUUAGCAGUAGAAAGAGGGAAGUGCUCAUGUCAUUGUACAGAACACUGGUGAGACCUCACUUGGAGUAUUGUACACAGUACUGGAGACCGUAUCUUCAGAAGGAUAUUGAUACCUUAGAGAGGGCUCAGAGAAGGGCUACUAAACUGGUUCAUGGAUUGCGGGAUAAAACUUACCAGGAAAGGUUAAAGGAUCUCAACAUGUAUAGCUUGGAGGAAAGACGAGACAGGGGGGAUAUGAUAGAAACAUUUAAAUAUAUAAAGGGAAUCAACACAGUAAAGGAGGAGACUAUAUUUAAAAGAAGAAAAACUACCACAACUAGAGGACAUAGUCUUAAAUUAGAGGGACAAAGGUUUAAAAAUAAUAUCAGGAUAGUAUUACUUUACUGAGAGGGUAGUGGAUGCAUGGAAUAGCCUUCAAGCUGAAGUGGUAGAGGUUAACACAGUAAAGGAGUUUAAGCAUGCGUGGGAUAGGCAUAAGGCUAUCCUAACUAUAAGAUAAGACUAUGGACUAAUGAAAGUAUUUAGAAAAUUGGGCAGAGUAGAUGGGCCGAAUGGUUCUUAUCUGCCGUCACAUUCUAUGUUUCUAUUUUGGAACAAAAAUAUUAGAUUUUUAUUAAUUUUUUUUUAAAUUAAUUUCCCAUGUUCAUUUUUUUUUUUUUUUUUCUUCUAGGAUGUUGACAUUGACUUCCUGGCCAAGAUGACAAAUGGCUUCUCUGGUGCCGAUCUUACGGAGAUCUGUCAACGUGCCUGCAAGCUAGCCAUCCGUGAAUCCAUUGAAAAUGAGAUAAAAAGGGAGCGUGAGAGGCAAACUAACCCAUCAGCUAUGGUAUGAUCCUUUACUGUUCAUUGUGCUUGUCUGCUAUGAUCAUAGUGAGGUCUAAGGAGAUCAUGAGAUACUUUAAUGCUUUGAUUUGUCCUGGGCCAUUUUUACACCCAGUUUCAAACUUCACAUUUGUAGGCAUUAAACUCUAAUAAGAAUUUAGAUGAGCAUGUUGAUAUGGAAAACAUGGCUCUGAAUUGUUUUUUUUUUUUUUUAUCUGGAUGUUCUUUGCCCAUUGUCAGUCACUGCAACUGUUCAGUACUGCUCAAGACUGUAAUGUCGUGUGCGGGUGUUUUCUAUAGACUAGUCCAUUUGCUCUGUCUUCUCUUGUUUUAAGGUCUAGACCAGGCGCAGGAAACCUUCAACACUUCAGAUGUUGCGGACUGCAUCUUCCGCAAUACUCUUAUAGUAAAUUUGCUGGCAAAGCAUCAGGGGGAUGUAGUCCACAACACCUGGAGUGUCAGAGGCUGCCUACCCUUGGUCUAGACCAAGCCACCUCAAAUGUUGCCACAACCACAUUGACUGUAGGUCUGUAAUAGGUUGAAUGCAGUCCUUGACCAUUUCUGUGUUAAAUGACCUAUUGGGCGCUAUGGAAAAGUGUACAUUAAGGAAUACAUAAUACAGAUUAAGGAACAGUGCACAAAUAUUUAAACAAAGUAAAUCUUAUCAGGCUUCUUAAAAUCACCUAUUUCGGCAAACAAAUAUGGGAAUUCAGUUCCGCCAUAUUGGGUUAAGCCCACCACUACUUCACAGAACCCCAAUAUUGAUGUGUCCUAUGCUAAUUUCAAACGUGUAAUUUUGCAUUAUAUAUGUAUACUCACUAUGCUCUUACAAUAGAUUAGAUAGCUUAUUUAGCACUAUUCACUUUGUCUCCCACAUUUAAUUUAGUGUAGGACCCACCGAUAUUGGGUAUUUUGAAGUAGUGGUGGGUUUAACACAAUAUGGCCAUAUGAUGGGACCAAAUCACCAUAUUGGCUUGCUGAGAGAGGUGAUUUUACGUUGCCGUAUAAUAUUUAAAAAUGUAUUUUUAUGUGUGCGCUGUAACUAAAUCUGUAUUAUGUAUGAAUUUUGGCCACUGCAGCAGCACCAUUCCUGCAAAAUGCAUGUUAAAGGUGUGCCCCCUAUUACUUUUUGUCUUUGCAAUUAAAACUAGUAAGUCAUUUUAGCUAGAAUUAUGAUCUAUAUGUGAUACAUGGUUCCCUGUAAGGCUGAGUAAAUGAGAUGAUUAUAAGCCAUUUAUAAAGUUAAGUAAAUGUGCCUUGAUGCAUAAAAGGUCCUGAUGUGCAGCUAUAGACUGCAGUCCUUUUGCUCUGAGGCUGCUUCUUUUUUUUAUCAAUUCUUUAUUUUUGCAUUGACAGACAUUGAAGGUGAGAGCAUUUUUGGCUUACGCAGAAGCCCAUCUUUUCAAAUAUGCUUUAGUCAUGUUACAGAAAAAAAACUGGGUUGUUAGUAUACAUAAUAUACAUUUUAGACAUGUUGCAUGUGGGUUGCGCAGAGGCUGUUGUCAUUUAGCUUUCGCCUGUCAAAGGUUUUUAUUUAUUCGUUGUAUGCACAAAGAAAAACAUAUAUAUAAGCAAAACGAUCAAGUGAAAGUAGGUGUUAAAUCCUAAAUCUGCACGAGUGAGUAGCUGUCUGUGAGUGGGUGCUCAUUUGUCUUAUGAUUUUUCCUCAUAUUGUUCCCAAAGGGCCCAUACCUUUUGAAAUGUGGUGGUAGUGUUCCGAACGGUAGCUGUCAUCUUGUCCAUUAAGUAAUUAUCUCUGAUUUUGGAGAUUACUAAUGAAAGUGGGGGUGUCUCUGGUUUUAUCCAGUAUUGUGCCAGUGCCCUACGAGCUGCUAGAUUGAGCAUAUUCAGAAGUUUUUGGUCGUGUUUGUCUAGUCCGUUUGUCGGUCGUGAUAAUAGACAUGCCCAGGGGUCCAGUGUUAUUUGUCGGUGUAGGAUUUUAGUGUGCAUGGCCACUAUCUUUUCCCAAAACUCUUUUACUUUAGUCCACCACAUGUGGAUGUAUGUGCCUUUUUCUCCACAUAGUCGCCAACAGGUAUCGGUGGGGCAGAGUUGCAUGUGUUGUUGCUUGACUGGUGUUGUAUACCACCGAAGCAUUAUUUUAUAUGAUUGUUCCUGUAAGGUCGUGCAUAUAGACACUUUUGUGUUCGCCUCCCAUAUGUCUUGCCACUCCGUUCCCUCUAGUGUUUCACCCAGAUCCGCUUCCCAUUUGUCUGUGUAUGUCUGCGGGCCCCACGUGCCUGAUUCUAGGCAUAUGUGGUUGUAGAGCAGAGAGAUUAGUUUCGCUGGCAUGCUUUCUUUGAGGCAGAUUUGCUCAAAGAAGGUUAGAGGCUUGGCAAUUGCCAUUUUGACCUCAUUGGUUUGCGCAAAGUCCCGUAAUUGUAUAUAUCGGAAGAAGUCGCGGGUUUGUAAUGGGGCUAAGGUUUGCAAGUGUUGGUAUGUCACUAGUUGGUUAUCUACGUAUAGGUGGAUAUAGCGUUGUAGGUUCGUGGCUUCGAUGCCUUUAAAGUCUCGUGCCCUUAGGCCCGGUGGGAAUGCUCUGUUACGUAGUACUGGGGUCAUUGGGGACGGGAGGUGUGUGAGUUUGAAUUUCUGCGCGAUCUGGUCCCAUAAGCUAAUGGAGUUUAGGAUGGCCGGGCAGUCUGUCCGUAAGAUUGUUCUGUGAUGCUUCGGUGUCCAUAUGAGGAAUUGCGGGAGGUCUGCUCCUGUCAUGUGGGAUUCUAUGUCAACCCAACGGCGUUGAUUUUUGGGGCAGUGCCAGUGAGCUAUUUGGGCAACUUGGGCUGCGGUAUAGUAAUGGUGGAGGUGGGGCAUACCCAGGCCUCCUCUCCCCUUGGGGUUAUACAGUAUUUUUUUGGCUAUUCUUGGCCGCUUUCUCUGCCAGAUAAAGGCGUCUAUUGCUUGUUGUAGGCCAGCUAGGUCACUCUUGGUCACUCGAGUCGGGAGCGCUUGGAAUAAGAACAGCAGUCUUGGCAAUAGGUUCAUUUUUAUGGAGUGUAGGCGACCUAGCCAUGUGAUGGGUUUGUCUGUCCAAAUUUCUAAGUCCGUCUUGAGUUUUGUGAUCAGUGGAGUGUAAUUAUGUUUAAAUAGUGUGUUGUGAUCUGCUGUGAGUCUGACGCCUAGAUACGUGAGUGUGUCUGUGUUGGUUUUGAUAUGAUAGGUGUGUCUGAUGUGUUGUGCCUCCCGGUCAGAUAUAUGGAAUGUCAGUGCCGUCGACUUGGUUUGGUUGACUUUGUAUCCUGAUACUUCACCGUAUGUCUGCAGUAGCUUUUCUAGAUUUGCCAUCGAUUGGGUUGGGUCUGUGAGUGUUAGGAGUAUAUCAUCUGCAUAUGCAGCUACUUUGAAGUGUUCAUCUCCCAAGUGCACUCCUUUUAUGUUUGGGUUUGCUCGUAUGAGGUGUAGGAGUGGCUCUAUCACUAAAGCAAAGAGGAGUGGUGACAGGGGGCAGCCCUGUCUUGUUCCAUUGCUCACUUGGAAUGGGGAUUUUGGCGCUCCUGUAAUUAUGGUUUGUGCUUGCAGGUUUGUGUAUAGGGCCUUUAUUGCCGUGAUCUAGGGUUCCGGGAAGCCUUGAGUUUGAAGUACUGUGACCAGAAAAGGCCAUUGUACCCUAUCGAAGGCCUUUUCCGCGUCGAGGGAGAGGACAAGGGCAGGCUGUCUAGUGUGUGAUAUAUGCCAGAUCAGAUCCACCCCUCUGCGUGUAUUUUCAUAUAACUGGCGUCCUGGUAUGAAGCCGACCUGAUCUGGGUGUAUUAAUUUGGGUAACAGUGGGAUUAGUCUAGAUGCCAAUAUCUUUGCGAAUAUCUUUAAGUCGGUGUUGAUGAGGGAGAUGGGUCUGUAGUUUGUGGCAAGUGUGGUGUCCUUGUUGGGUUUGGGCAGUAAGAUAAUGUUGGCGGUGGCCAUAUCUCGGUCUGGAGUUCCCCCCUGAAGGAAGUGGUUAUAUAGUUUGAUGAGGAGGGGUGUGAGUUCCGUCGUAAAUGUUUUAUAAUAGCCCAUAUCGUAGCCGUCAGGUCCUGGUGCUUUGUUCCCCUUCAGGGCGGAGAUCGAGGCCGCUACCUCCUCCGGUGUGAUGGGUGCUUCUAGAGCGUUGGCCUCUCCUGUUGUCACCCUGGGUAGAUUAGUGUGGGUUAGGAAGUCAGCUAUGUGGGCGAGAUGUUGGGUCUGGGCCUCACCCUCCAUUGGUGAAAGGUUAUAUAGUUGCUGAAAGUAUUCUGUAAAGGCAUCAUUGAUAUCUUUCGGGGUGUUAACUAGUUUGUUGGCUUUGUUACGGAGCGUUGUAAUGGGUUUAUAUCCCUGUCUCGAGUGUACGCGCUAGCAGUGUGUCCAUUUUAUUGGCUUUUUCAUAGAACUUGCGCCGUGACCAUAGUAUAGAACGUGUUAUUUCUGCUGUCAUGUGCUCCCUGAUUGCGUGUCGAGUGCCUUGGAGUUUGUUGUAUGUGGUGGGGGAGGGGUUUUGUUUAUGUUGUUGUUCGAGUUUCCGCAUAGCGGUUUGUAAUUCUAGUAGGUGUUUUGUUCGUGUCCGUUUUUUAUGAGUGGCUGCCUGUAUGAGAUGUCCCCUCAGUACGGUUUUGUGUGCCGCCCAGAGUGUUGUUGGGUUUACUUCUUCUGUGUCGUUGGUACUAAAAUAGUCCGUGAUUUUUUGUCGCGUUGUGGUAAGUAUUGUUUCAUCGGUAAGUAGGGUUGUGUUGAGUCUCCAUGUCCAGUUGUUGUGGUGUUGGAGGUUCCCCAGCGUAAUCGCUACAUCAGCGUGGUCUGACCACGUGAUGCUGUUUAUUUCUGAGUGAAUGAGUUUAGCCAUACCCGCUCCAUUGAGGAGGAUAUUGUCUAUCCUGGAGUAUGUGUUGUGUGGCGCCGAGUAGUAUGUGUAGUCUCUUGUGUCUGGGUGUUGGAGUCUCCAGGCAUCCAGGAGUCCAGUGUGUUGGAGGAAGGAGUAUAGGAGUUUAUCUUGUCCCCCCCUGCCUUGAGAUCUUUGUGUCCCUGGUUUGGAGCUGCGGUCGAUUGCUGGGCAGGGAACAGCGUUGAAGUCACCUCCCACUAUUAAAAUGCCCCCUUGCAGGGUGGCGAGUAGGGAUGUUAUGGUGUCCCAAUAAGCCCGGUCUGGGUUGUUGGGUGCGUAUAAGUUUACGAUAUGUAGUUUAGUGUUAUAGUGGGUGCCACUUAUGGUUACGAAUCUGCCUUCUGGGUCUAUCUGUUUAUGGGUCAUUAUAAAUGGGCAGCGUUUGUGUAGGAGUAUAGCUACUCCUGCUUGUUUGCAAGGUGCCCUGGCCUCGUAUGUUGUGGUGUAGAGACGGUCUCCUAGUUUGAUCGAUGCGGCUUUAGGAAUGUGCGUCUCCUGUAUAAGUGCUAUGUCGGCCCUUUUUGCUUUUAAUUCUCGCAAUAAUAGUCUGCGUUUGGUAGGAGUGUUUAGUCCUUUCGCGUUUAUGGAUAAAAUUUUUAAAGUCAUGGUUGGGUUUGUCUUAUGGGAUGCUUGUGUGUGUGUGUGCGGGGCGGAGGGUCCAUACCAGUCAGGAUUCUGUUGGUCUCCCCCCUUUCUGUCGCUGUCGUCCGGCGGUCUCUUUGGGGUAUCAGGAUUAACAUUUCACUCGUGCAUAGUGAACCGAAAACCAUAAACAUAAACAAAAAUAUUACAUAAUUAUGAACCAUAUAACAAGGUUGAUAGAAACAUAUGUAACGAUGUACUUUCAGUCUGGUCUUACAAUUUGCCAGAAUGGAAUGGGGAUAAGUCUCACCCCCGCAGGUCAGAAUUCUGUCCUAUUCCGGGGUGGGAGGCUCACCAAUCCACUGUGCCUCUGUGCGAGGCGUCAGAUGCAGCCUGCCAUCUGGUUGGGUGCCCAUCUCGUCCUUUAUAUCUCGGGGGGGGAGGGGGGAGGGGCAGUAUAAGUAGUUGGACAUUUUUAUUUUUAUUUUUUUUUUUUUCUUUCUUUCUUGAAAUGUCUCAGGUUAAGGGAAACCUCUGAUUGUGUCAAGUUGCAGCGGAGCAUAAGGGUGAAAGACUGUUAAACACAGCGAUUGCGUGAGGGUUAAGAAAGUAGGGAUCCUCUGUGGGCCGUGGUGGAGGAGGGGGGUUUGCUAGAGCAGUGUUCGUGCUAUGCAGCUUCCAUCUCUAGGAAGAGAAAGAGGAAUGCCCCCUAGGGUUGUGACCCGGGCAAUCUAGUUUUCUGAUUAUUCGUGAGCUAUCUAGGAAAUACUACCCUGUUUCUAUACCAGCAAAGAUACAUAUGCACUAGUGCUCAGCGGUCUUCAUCUGAGCUGCGGCCCAUUACCCUGGGGGUACCCUAUAUCGCAUGAAAACAGGUAUUUAAUGGCAUUAGUGAAACUGUUGAUCAUAAGGUCGUUUUCGAGGCGUAAGAGCUUAUCGGAUGCUUAACUUUCAAAGGCCCCACCAGCCAAAGCGGAGGAGAGAACCAACACCUCUCUGAGGCUGCUUCUUUGCUGGUUGUAUGUGCCAUAUGUGGAUAUACUUUUGUUUUGCUGUAUGUAAACUCCAAAUGUUUUUUGUAUGUUUUUUUUUUUGUAUAGGAAGUAGAGGAGGAUGAUCCUGUGCCUGAAAUUCGCCGGGAUCAUUUUGAAGAAGCUAUGCGUUUUGCCCGUCGCUCAGUCAGUGAUAACGACAUUAGAAAGUAUGAAAUGUUUGCACAGACCUUGCAACAGAGCCGUGGAUUUGGCAGUUUCAGGUAAUCGUCAUGUCUUAAUUAUGCUCUCUGACAAAAUGGUAAACCUAUCUUACCACAGCAAUAAUUCAAUUCCACACAAUUCCAUCUCCCAGUUGUUUUCUGAUUUUAUUGAAUAGAGAUUUUUCUAUUAUUUUGGACAUUAACUAAAUGUAGGGUUUAAGUGAUGUUUUGAGUAAUAAUGCUCCAUUGGGUUUUUUUUUUUUCCUACAGAUUUCCCUCUGGUAGCCAGGGAGGAGCUGGUCCGAGUCCAGGUGCAGGUGGAGGUACUGGUGGAAGUCAUUUUACUGAAGAAGAAGAUGAUCUCUAUGGCUAGGUGGGGCCUUGGUGCCGUCCAUGUUGUACAGAGAAGAAAUUCCUACGUUAUUGGACACUCAGCUUUUCAUUCCUCAGUCAGAACAGCACUGCACACCCCACUCCUGUUUUAUUUUGUUACAUGGGUGUGAGAAGAGGGGAGCCACAUCUCUCAGGAUACAGGCCUAAACUUUUCUUUCUCUUCUUCCCAACCCUGUUUCCGAAGCAGCUCUAGCUCUUCUUUGAUAAAAUGUAGCGGGCAGGGAGCAAACGUGGUUCCUGACACGCAACAUUUUUUUACUACUCCUUCAGCACCUGAGAAGCCUGCAAUUUGUUGCUCAUCUGCAACUUUAAAUCUUGACUGCCUUCAGCCUCUUGUCAAACUUAAAUCCUUUAUCUCCACAUAGCUGUCAUCUAUGACCACUUUUGUUGCCACAGUGGCCUACAGCCUGUUGCUGCCCUAUGAUCGUAGAAGGGUGCAUAUUUCUGUGUAAAUGCCAAGAGAAUAGCGAUAGCUUUGGCAGGAUGAUCAACCAUCGAUACUUUGGCUCGUACUAUUGCAGGCUUCUCCAGCUCUGACAGGAUCACCCCUCUCUGUGGUGGGUAUAAGAGACAUUAAUAAAGAAAACAUGCAGUGAAUUUUUUUAUGUUGGUUUCGGGCUUAUGUUAUUGGAUAUAAACAAGAUACAUGCAGGUUGACGUCUAACGUGAGAAUAAACUGACUGAUCACUGAGCUUUGUCUGCUUGCUUUUUGCUACUAAAUGAGUUUUACCAGUCCAUAGGUUUAAUGCCUUUAUAUUUUAUGAAUUCAGUCAGAUCUUUUUACAAUUAAGAAAAUGCUUUCAUUAAUGUUUUAAUUACAGUUAUCACUCUAUCCGAGGUUGCUAAAGAAACCGAGUUAAACGUCAUCCCUUUUGCAAAACUCUUACUCUGAGCUUGGGCAGUUGUGACUUUCAUAAUGGGUGGUCGCUGGGUACACUCCUUUACACCAUCUUGGAGGAAGGGGAAAUGUGUCUAAAAGUUACGUUCUAACAACAUUUCUAAAGAAACCUGUUUGUAAAGGACACUGAAAGGGACCCUCCGGGUACCAAUAAAACUUUAAUUUGAUAUGUUUUGUAGGCUCUAUCUGCUGUAUGUUUUGCAGGCUCAAAUCUUUAGUUUUUGUACAAAAAAAAUGUUUAGCAGAAAGCUGCACCAUAAGUCAGGCCUCACUCCAGAAAAAUACUUUCUCAUCAAAUGUAACGCCCUAGCCAUUGACCGUACUGAAUGAUCUGAACUGCAGCCUGCAUUAAGAGAGGACACUUGGGAAGAUGUAGAGUAAGGGUAUCACUGUCUAACCAAGGAAGCAGUCUUAUGGUGCAGAUUAGGCAAAACAAUAUUUUUGUUUGUUUUUUUUAUUGCAAAAACUAUAAAGCUGCAAAAAUCAGGCCAAAAUCGAUCAAAUGCAAAAAGUUGUGUUGGUGCCAGGAGUGUGCCUUGAAAUUACAAUUAUAUUAAAUCUAUCUGCACAUUUCUACAGUUUAGAAAUCUCUGGGAGAACACAGUGUAGGAGUCUUAAUGGCCAGCCAGAAGAUCUCUACAUAAGUUGCAGUUGACAUGCGCUAUAUAUCACCUUUUAGUUUUCGAGCAAAUCUUGAAUCUCUUAUAUAAUGAUGUUCACUACAUGUUAUCUGGUUGGUGGAUUUCAACUCCAUAUGUGGCAUCCAAUUGGACAGACUGGGUGUUAUGGAAGUUGUAGUGAUCAGUUUUUUUACAAUUUUAAGGAAGAUGGCUCGAUUCCAAAGCUGGUUCGGCAUGUUCACAGUGUGGAGGACAUGCUUUUUCUGUAAGUAAAUGCAUAUGGUGAAUGGCUUGAAUUCUGGUUUUGUAUUUUUAAGUUAGAUUAUUUGGAGCUCAGGGCAGAUUCAGAUGGUUUUAAGGUGAAAGAACAGGCCGACCCUUAACCACCGUAUAUUGUGGUAAUGCAUUUACUAACCCUUUAAAUAAAAAUGCUUGUGCAUUCAUACACACAUUCACUGCACAUAACAUGUAAUUGUGAGCAGAAUAGUCUUUGCUAGAUCAGCUGGCUAGCAGAAAAUUCCCCUUUGGUAAGUGUCAUAGACUGUCCAGGCUUGUCAUUUUGUGAAACUUUAAGGUCUGGCUAGUAGUGUAGAUAUGACAUUUUAAGACCUGUUUUAAAGGGGAGCUGUAAUUUUCUUAGAUUUUUCAUAUUCUGUUAGCAUAUCCCUAUAUAACAAAUGUUUGUGAUAUGUGAAAAAUGAAAUUUAAAUCUAGAAAUCCAUACUUCUUCAUGCUGAAGCUGGAUGCCUUCAUCUUGGCUGCCUGGCAAACCUACAGAGAACAGGAGAAAUCAAACUGUGCUAUAUUGCUCCUUUUCAUUUGCAAUGUUGGCCCUGCCUUUACAUUGUGUGAACUGUAUUAUGACUUAAUUUCAUUAAAUAUAUUUUUAAACGACUGUAUAUCACAGGGGGAAAAUUAUGUGCAACAUUCCUUCAUAAGUGCCUUCUGACUCAACACCUGACGUUUUCUGAUUAUUUAAAUAGCGCCAUCAGAUUCUGUAGCGCUGUACAAUGGGUGGACUCACAGACAUGUAAUUGUAACCAGACAACUGGACGUACAGGAACAGAGAGGUGGAGGGCCGUGCUCAAUGAGCUUACAUUCUAGAGGAAUCCCUUCUACUGAAACAAGCCGUUAUUUUCCCCAAAUAAUCACGGGGAGUGGGCUGAGCCCAGCUCCUGGACCCACCUUCUAAUAGUUGACCCAGGUGUUUAAUUUACCUUCUAGUUUAUUCUGUCACCUCACACACCUAUGAUGAAAUUGAUAUGCUUGACUGUUUGUUUUAAAGGAACUAUACUGAAAGAGGAUGGCCAUUGGUAUUAAUACUGCAUGUCAAAAGUUUAACAAUUCUAGAUAUGUUGUUGGGAGAGUUUCUUUAAUGUUUCAUAUAUCCAGCUAUACCUGGCAACUAAGGUGUUGUGAACUAAUGUUUGUUUAAAAAAAAAAUAUAUAUAUAUAUUUUGAGGAUGGUAUUGGGUUACUAAUUGCUGUACAUAUUAGACAAAAUUGUAUCAGUUUGCUUUUGUUUGAGUUGGCAAACAAAUCCUGGAAAAAAUAUAUAUACUUGGAGCUCUG